AUGCUGGAUCGGGAGCUGUCCAUGCUGCGGUUGAGCGAGAAUGAACCUGUGCAGCCCGUUCUGGACAAGAUGAGGGAACUCUACGCGAAAUUGGCGAUUGCAGGCAUCACUUCUCCAUGGGUUGAACAAGCACAUGAGGAUCAAGUGGCAUUGGCUGCGGAAGGAGGUAAAGCUUGGGACACUGGAUCCGAUCUACGUGAAAACUCAGCAACAGCCAGCUGACUUCCUUACCAAGCGGCUAGCUGAAGAGCCACACUGGCGCUGUGCAAGGAUGGCGGGAAUAUCCUUGAAUUAGAGACGGCGAAAUAAGCCGACAGUCUGAGGGGGAGUGUGUUGGUGCAUAUUCGUUUGCACGUCAUCCUGUCGUCUGUUCGCAUCAUUUC